UCACACGUCCACUGGCGCGCUGUGCUUUGGACUCGUGCGGCAGUAGAUCAUCGGUACAAGCACGAGAUGUCUCCUUCACAUGCAGCCAUAUAGCGGCUAAUUCGGUUUUAUAUACCCGGAAUCGCGAAGAACAGCGACGCCGCACCAUCCGGGAGCUUCAUCUGGUCCGACUGAAGUCAAUCCAGCCUGUUUACACGGAUCGGUUCGGCGUCUGUAUUCAUGAUAUUUCGGGCAUUAUAUUGUUGAACAUAACAGAUAAUCAUGGCGAGUGACUCUCCUGCGAGGAGUCUGGAUGAGAUCGACCUGUCUGCUCUGCGGGACCCUGCGGGCAUAUUUGAGCUGGUGGAGCUUGUGGGAAAUGGGACCUACGGACAAGUUUAUAAGGGACGUCAUGUUAAGACGGGCCAGCUCGCUGCAAUCAAGGUCAUGGAUGUCACAGGGGAUGAGGAGGAGGAGAUCAAAGCUGAGAUCAACAUGCUGAAAAAAUACUCCCACCAUCGAAACAUCGCCACCUACUAUGGUGCCUUCAUCAAGAAGAACCCACCUGGCAUGGAUGACCAGCUCUGGCUGGUGAUGGAGUUUUGUGGUGCUGGUUCAGUGACAGACCUGAUAAAGAACACCAAAGGAAACUCUCUGAAGGAAGAGUGGACAGCCUACAUCUGCAGAGAGAUCCUCAGGGGUCUGACCCACUUGCAUCAACAUAAAGUCAUCCAUCGUGAUAUCAAAGGUCAGAAUGUUUUGCUCACGGAAAAUGCGGAAGUCAAACUAGUUGAUUUUGGUGUGAGUGCACAGUUGGACCGUACCGUCGGUAGGAGGAACACUUUUAUUGGCACGCCAUAUUGGAUGGCUCCAGAGGUCAUAGCCUGUGAUGAGAACCCAGACGCCACGUAUGACUUCAAGAGUGAUCUGUGGUCACUGGGAAUUACGGCGAUUGAAAUGGCAGAAGGAGCCCCUCCGCUGUGCGAUAUGCAUCCUAUGCGAGCACUUUUCCUCAUACCUAGAAAUCCAGCGCCCCGUCUCAAGUCUAAGAAGUGGUCUAAAAAGUUUCAGUCAUUCAUUGAGAGCUGCUUAGUGAAGAAUCACAACCAGAGGCCCAGUACUGAACAGCUCAUCAAACAUCCCUUCAUUAAAGACCUUCCCAAUGAGAGACAGGUCCGAAUCCAGCUUAAAGACCACAUUGACCGGACCAAAAAGAAGAGAGGAGAGAGGGACGAGACCGAAUAUGAGUACAGUGGAAGUGAAGAGGAGGAGGAAGAGCGAGACAUAGGAGAGCCGAGCUCCAUCAUAAACAUCCCUGGGGAGUCGACCCUGAGGCGGGACUUCCUGCGCCUACAGUUGGCCAAUAAGGAGCGCUCUGAAGCCUUGAGGAGACAACAGCUAGAACAGCAACAGAAUGAGGAACAUAAGCGCCAACUACUGGCAGAGAGGCAGAAACGUAUUGAGGAGCAGAAGGAGCAAAGGAGGAGACUAGAGGAGCAACAGCGACGGGAGAGAGAGCUCCGGAAACAGCAGGAGAGAGAGCAGAGGAGGCGCUAUGAGGAGAUGGAGCAGCUCCGGAGAGAGGAGGAGAGGAGGCAUGCUGAAAGGGAGCAGGAGUAUAUUCGCCGGCAGUUAGAAGAAGAACAAAGGCAGUUGGAGAUUCUUCAACAGCAGCUUCUCCAAGAACAAGCUCUUCUCCUGGAAUACAAACGGAAGCAGCUGGAGGAGCAGCGGCAGGCCGAACGGUUACAGCGACAGCUGCAGCAGGAAAGGGCUUACUUGGUCUCACUGCAGCAACAGCAACAAGAACCACGACCUGCAGACAAAAAACAACUGUACCACUACAAAGACUCUGUCAACCCCAGUGACAAACCGGCCUGGGCUAAAGAGGUGAUGGAGAGGGCUCAGAGUAACUCCCCUCGAAUCCCUCCCAAGAAGCACCAUUCGUUUAACAGUCCUGGAGAAAAACGUGUCGGCCAAGUCCUCCCUCUUGACAAGAGCUCCUCUAAACAGCCCACGAGGCCCCCCUCGUUCCCAGCAGCCUCCUACUCGAGAGAGUUGGAUCUGGCCGAGCCACAGCUCAGGGUAGUCAGUGGGCCAAACGUUCCUAAAAUCCGUGUGUCUUGCGAGCCAGAUCCAUCCCAGGUGGCCAGGAUGGUCCAGCAGCAUCUUGAGCAAGAGUCCCGGGGCCGUAAUCCCGGACAGUCCAGCAAAGGGGCUGAUAUUGAGAGAGACUUACACGUCUCAAAGGUUGAGGAACGCUCCAAGCUGAACCGCCAGAGCUCUCCGGCUCUCCAGCACAAAGUGGCCAACCGUAUUUCCGAUCCCUCCCUGCCUCCUCGCUCAGAGUCCUUCAGCAGUGGAGGCAUACAGCAGUCCCGGACGCCUCCCAUGCACCGCCCAGUAGAGCCUCAGAUGGCGCACCUGGUCUCUGUGAAGUCCCAUGGCUCUUCCAUGACGGGAUCCCAGUCGCUGCAUGAUCAGUCCUCUCAGGGCGUCUCAGCCUUCCAAGAGGGUAUGUCGCCUCACCGACCCCCGAUGCCUCGGCAGAACUCUGACCCCACGUCAGAAACCCCGGCCCCACCGCCUCGUAUCACCAGCCGAGACGAAAAGUUUGACCGCAGCUCUUGGCUGAGACAGGAAGAUGAUGUCCCUCCAAAGGUUCCCCAAAGGACCACUUCCAUAUCCCCUGCACUGGUGAGAAAAAAUUCUCCAGGGAAUGGACCGGGUGGAUUGGGACCGAGAACCGGAGCACAUCUGAUUCGAGCCAGUAACCCAGACCUGCGGAUUUCCAUGGAGUCUGCUAUCCAGAGAACCAGCAGUGGGAGUUCUUCCAGUUCUAGCACGCCCAGCUCUCAGGGCGGCUCCAGCGAGAGGAACCGUGUGGGAGGCUCCAGUAAACCUGAGGGAUCUCCAGCAGUGUCCCAAGAAUCCAAGCCCAAAACCCAGGAGGAGAACAGGGAGGUGACCAGACCCAGCCGACCAGCGGACCUCACUGCUCUGGCCAAAGAACUUCGUGAGCUGCGAACCAAUGAGGAAACCAACCGGCCUCCUAGGAAAGUGACGGAUUACUCCUCGUCCAGUGAGGAUUCAGAAAGCAGUGAGGAGGAGGAUGGAGAAGGCGGUGCUCAUGAUGGAACUGUGCCCGUUAGUGAUAUUCCACGCAUCAUGCCUUCAGCUGGCCAGGGUGGCACUGACUCACUGGUCAACCAGGAGGAUUCUCAUCCCAAUGAUUCAUUUGGCAAAAAUUCACAAGACAGCACCCUGAUGAUGCGAGAGACGUUUGGGGAAAGAAAGCUCGGUCAAUCCGAGAGCAAUGGUUUCCCCGGUAACUCCAAUCUGCCUGAUCUAGUGCAGCAAAGCCACUCGCCUGGCGAGGGCCCUGGGCGGCUUUCUAGUGGGCUGGACCUGGACUCUGUGGCUGAAUUUGGGAUGGGUAGCGGGUCCAAAGCCUCAUUCACUCCGUUUGUGGACCCACGAGUGUAUCAGACUUCCCCCACAGAGGACGAUGAGGACAACCCUGCCUCAGCUCAUUUUGCAGAUGAACAUCUGCGGCAGGAGCAGGAACAGGAACAGGCUCGACUAAAUGAGGCUCGGAAAAUUUCUAUUGUUAAUGUCAAUCCCACUAAUAUCAGGCCACACAGCGACACACCAGAAAUCCGCAAGUACAAGAAGCGCUUCAACUCUGAGAUCCUUUGUGCGGCACUAUGGGGAGUGAAUCUGCUGGUAGGAACUGAAAAUGGACUGAUGUUACUAGAUCGCAGCGGUCAGGGCAAAGUUUACAAUCUGAUCAACCGCAGGCGCUUUCAGCAGAUGGAUGUUUUGGAGGGUCUCAAUGUCCUGGUUACCAUUUCAGGCAAAAAGAAUAAACUGAGGGUCUACUAUCUGUCAUGGCUUAGAAACAGGAUACUUCACAAUGACCCCGAAGUAGAAAAAAAACAAGGGUGGAUUACAGUUGGUGACCUGGAGGGAUGUGUCCAUUAUAAAGUCGUCAAAUAUGAGAGGAUUAAGUUCUUGGUGAUUGCAUUGAAGAAUUCAGUGGAGAUUUAUGCCUGGGCUCCCAAACCCUACCACAAAUUCAUGGCUUUCAAGUCUUUCACAGAUCUUCAGCACAAGCCUCUGCUCGUGGAUCUGACGGUUGAGGAGGGUCAGAGGUUAAAGGUUAUCUAUGGCUCCAGCGUUGGUUUUCACGUGAUAGAUGUCGACUCUGGGAAUCCGUACGAUAUCUACAUUCCGUCCCACAUUCAGGGCAGUGUUACCCCUCACGCCAUUGUGGUGCUUCCCAAGACCGACGGCAUGGAGAUGCUUCUGUGUUAUGAAGAUGAGGGAGUCUAUGUGAACACAUACGGCAGAAUCACUAAAGACGUGGUGCUCCAGUGGGGAGAGAUGCCCACCUCUGUUGCCUACAUCCACUCCAACCAGAUCAUGGGCUGGGGAGAGAAAGCCAUUGAGAUCCGCUCCGUGGAAACGGGACACCUCGACGGAGUUUUCAUGCACAAGCGAGCACAGCGACUGAAGUUCCUUUCUGAGAGAAAUGAUAAAGUGUUCUUUGCCUCGGUCCGAUCAGGAGGCAGCAGCCAAGUUUUCUUCAUGACCUUGAACAGAAACUCCAUGAUGAAUUGGUAAUUCAUCCCCGCCCUUCCCUGCAUUGUAUCUGUGGACCUUUUCUACUUUAUUGAAAAGUGUGAAAAAAGGAAAGACAGGAAAAUCCAGGUGCGCUGGAUAAUCUGGCAGACGGCAGAAAGACCAAACAUAGCUGGGACCUUCUCAGAAGAGUCAAAGACAAACCCAAAAUCCACAACCCCCCUCCGUGAACAACAAAGGGGCGCCGGACAAGCGGUCUGCAUUAUUUUUUAUGGCUCUUUCAUUAACAUGCGUGGGGUUCUGGUGUUUUUGUCCUUACAAAUCUGUAUCUAGAUUCCUCUGGAGGUCAAGACUGGAAAUACGGGGAGUGAGACCCACAGAGUAGAGUCAAUAUUUGUACUGUUAAGACACUUUUUGACAAUAAUUUAUCACGGUUGCGCAGAACGUCAGUAAACUUCCCUUGCGGGAUGAAUCCAUUGAGGCUUUCUCCUUUUUUAUGUUUCAGCUUGGAAUGCACACAGAUGUUUGUGUCAUGUGAAGAUCACUCUAAUGUCUGAUAUUAAAGACUUGUAUGAUACUACGUUGGAGCAGACACACUUCGGGCUGUCCACAGAAUGCCUUAAAUAUGAAUUCGCAAAGCUGCUCGUUUUUAUUUUUUAAGUCCAUAAUAUGCAUAUUUCUGUAAGGAAAAUGCUACUUUUUUGGAUUGAAAUUGAUGCCUGCUGAUAUGGACGUAUAAUGGAAAUACAAACGAUUUUUGAAUAUACUGUGCAUUCCUAGUUUUAGCGCAAAGCUCUAUAGUAUUCACAUUCGGAGCCUGUGGUUUGGCACUGUUUUCCUUGUGCUCAGGGAGAUGGUGCUGUAGAUCUUUUCCAUUCAUUUCCAUGCACAUAGUUCACUCUAAAAUUUCAAUUCUGUUCUCAUAUACUCACCUUCAUGUCGUUGUUCCUCAGACGCAAACAGAGAUGUUUAGCAGAGUGUUCGAGCUGCUCUCUUCCAUACAAUGAAAGUAAAUGGUGACCAGCUCUGAAACAGACAAAAAACAUAGUAGUGCACUAUAUUUCUAGUUUCUGAAGCCAUAUGAUGUGUGAGGAACAGGCUCAAAAAGGUUCCUGUAGCCUCAACAUUGACAAAAAAGUUAUGAGGUGAGUCAUUUUUGGGUGAAUUAUUUGAAUUGGAUUAGACCGUUCAUUUAAGGUUUAAACAGGUCUACAGUUUCGAUUCUUGAACGCUUUAUUAUCACAGUGCUAAAACAGUCUGAAUACUUUAAGUGAUUGGUAAAUACUACAGAGCUUUCUAUUGAAACAUAAAAAAGUACAUUAAGGUUUUGUUUAGAGCAUCGCAGUUGCUGUGUAAGAGUGUAUGUGAAUGAAUGAUCAAAUGUAAUGCUUUCCACCAACAAUAACAAAACAAAAAAGUAGAUAUGUUACCACUAACAUACCAGCAAUCUCACUUGUUUUGGGUUCUGGAGUGUCAUUAGAACACCAUACCAUGUGUCAUUAGAAUAAGAAUGUGCUGCAGUUUUGUACUUUUAAGUUUGUUUUCUCAUUACUUUCAAGCAAAGUGCAAUAAAGGCCAAGGGAAUUGAGUCCUGGUGAGUCGAUUGCUCACCUCUCCUCAUGAUGGAUCUUCAACUGUUUCUAGAGGGUCGUUCACCCACUACCACACUCUGUAAAUACCCACUUCCUUUUUGAAAAAAAAAAAAAAGUCACAAUCGAAUGCAUAGGAACUGUGAGGGUGUGACAGAAAUGUACGAUCCUGUGUAAGACCCUGUGUAAGACCUGUGCGAAUCACGUGAAUCUGAAGAAGGGUCGUGUUUUGUGAGUAGAGCUUCCUUUUAGGCUACCUCGUUUCUGUUCACCUGUUGGAUCGGUUCAGUUUUCUAUGUUGGUAAUGAUUAAAACAAUUUGUACGUGACACAAUGUAAGGCAAUAUUCCAGAUCAUCGUAAGUAUUCUUUUCUUGAAACGCAACCAGUAGAUCAGUGAAUUUUUAACAACGUUAAGUAUUUUCAAUUGGCGACGUAAUGUAAAAGAAGGCUAUGUUGUCAUUCCAUGUAGAUUCAGAGUUGAUUUGAGUGUAGCGUGCCAGACAGAAGUAUUCCGAUGCUUUUUCAAAAUAAUAAAAAGAAAAAAUAUCAUGGUGCAGUCUUGUGCGAAUCAAGCCAACACUUCAUACAAGGGAGAUUCUUCAAUUAGAGGAACUUUUUGAUACCCAAGGAUGAUUUUAAAGGGAACCCCGGGUAUUAAGUCUUGUGUGGUUUAAUAUAACGUAAAUUAUGUCUGUUAUUGAUAUGUAGUAGAAAACCCACAUCGUUUUAUACAUAUUUUGGACUAUGGGGGGCGCCAUUAUGACGUAAAAUGGUUUGCGUGUUGCUAUUUUUACCACAACACAACUUGGAAAAUAAAAUACUGAUGCGAUGACCACAGCUACUGAAAGAGCUUACAGGUGGUGAUGGAUAUAAGUGUAGACUUAAAACAUCAGUCUAAAUGCCCCGGAUAUCAAGUGAAAUCCAAACUUAGAAACUCCUUCGGUGUCUGCAAUGUCAUGACAAGCAUCGGCAUGUUUGCAUUCUGCCAGGAUGGCAACUAGCGUUUCUUGUCUCUGCCAUUUGUAAGCUUUUUCAGUAGCUGUGGCCUACUAAAAGCAUCUACAUCAAAGGCAUCAGGGCUAAAGUCGAAAGAACAAAGAUGCUGGUCUUUAGGAAGUUUUAUUCGUCCACAGGCAUCUUCGAUUUUUCCCCACAAGGAGUCUAAACACCCUUGGAUAUCGAGUGAAAUCAACACUAAGAAACUCCUUCAGUCAAUGCCUGCGGCAUCUUGACAAGCGUUGGCAUGUUUUCAUCCUGCCAGGAUGGCAUCUAGCAUUUCUUGUCUCUGCCGUUUGCAAGCUGGUUGAGUAGCUGUGGUCUGCUAGACAUCAAAGGCAUCAGGGCUAAAGUGGAAAGAACAAAGACGCAGGUCUUUAGGAAGUUUUAUUCGUCUACAGGCACCUUCGAUAUCCAGACCCCUGGAUAUUGAGUGAAAUCUAUGCUGAGAAACUCCUUUAGUGGCUGUGGCAUGAUGACAAGCAUCAGCAUUUUUACAUCCUGCCAGGAUGGCAUCUAGCAUUUCUUGUCUCUGCCGUUUGCAAGCUGUUUGAGUAGCUGUGGUCUACUAGACAUCAAAGGCACGAGGGCUAAAGUGGAAAGAACAAAGACGCAGGUCUUUAGGAAGUUUAAUUCGUCCACAGGCACCUUCGAUUUUUGCCCACAAGGAGUCUGAACGCCCCUGGAUAUUGAGUGAAAUCCACACUGAGAAGCUCUUUCAGUGGCUGCGGCAUCAUAACAAGUGUUGGCAUGUUUGCAUCUUGCCAGGAUGGCAUCUAGCAUUUCUUGUCUCUGCCGUUUGCAAGCUGUUAGAGUAGCUGUGGUCUACUAGACAUCAAAGGCAUCAGGGCUAAAGUGGAACGAACAAAGAGGGCCACAGCUCUGUGGAGUUUAGCUCCAACCAGCUCCAACUCACACCUGCUUAAUAAUUUCUAGUAAUCCUGAAGACCUUGAUUAGUUGAAUCAGGUGUUUGAUUAGGGUUAAAGCAAAACUCUGCAGAGCUGUGGCCCUCUAGAAUUUGAGUUUGAGACCAAUGGCGUAAAUCUUUCAUGGGUUUUCUACUACGUGUUUCAGUAAGAGACACAAUUAUAUUAAGCCAUACAAAUCUUUCAUCUUUCAUCAAAGCCAUGUUCAGUUUACUUGUAAUUUAUUUGUACAAUGUUAUUUUAUAAUCUUUUUUUUUUCUCCAAUAUUACUGUCAUCACCACCAUGCCAAGAAUCGUAUUUUAUCAACUAAGAUUUUUACAUUUAAAUUAUUGAUUUUGUUUUUUCUUUAUACCAAGCACACAACUGUCACAUUAUUUCAAAAUAUCGUAUAUACUGUAAUUGAUAUGAAACUGUGUAGUGAACUUGCAUUUUUAAGAUCACGCAUACUCAAAAAUGCCUCUAACUGCAGAAUCGCCCAUUUUUAGACUUGAAGUCCUUCCAAAUGACGUGCCGUUUUAUUCAAAUAGGUGGAAUCAUAAAUAACAGUCCUUUAUAUACUUUUAUAUCUUUUCAUUACGGUUCUGUAAGGGCAAUAGAGUGUGAAAUUCACUUGACACAACUAGGAUCUUUUGAGACUUCAUGUUUUUUGUCCAUCAAACUGUGAACUGAGUGAAUGUGUGUGUGAAGUACUCAUGUGGUCUUCCCAUUCAUUUUAUCAACACAACUGUGAGGUCGGUUUUUUUUUUUUUUUUUGUUUGUUUUUUUGUUUUUUAUCAUCUCUCGAGUAUUUUGAUGUGUGCGUGACCUUUUUUUCUUAAUAUGGACAUUGUAAGUACAUCCUUUAUAUUCAGACUGAGUGAGUUGUUUUCUUUCUGUAUUUCUCUUAUUUUUUUGUGUAUUAAACUUGGGAUUUAUAGCACAACUGAGCAUUCUGGAUAUUGGCUGUUAUUUUUAUGGUUGUUCCAGUGUGUGCGAUUGGGUGGGUGUGAUUUAAACAUACUGUUUUGUGUUUUAAGCCUGUAAAACCACCAGUUAAAAACGUGCAGGCAUAUUGACACUAAAAUGAGAAAUGGUGAGGUUUCGAGAUUACAAGCCUUCUGUUAUAGACAUUUGAAGGUGAAACUGGGCAUAUCAUGUUUUGUUCUCAAAAUAUGCAGGCUGUAGUAUUUUAUAAAUAGAUUUUUAAGGCUAUUAAACUAGUAACUUUAAUGUAGCCUGGACUUUUAAGAGAUGAUGGUGAUCUCAUCUAAUCUGUGCCUAGUCCAUGUAGUGGGUGUUAUUUUAUUGCUUACAAUUUAUUACAUAUUGUAAAUCGAACAAGCAGUCACUCAAAUCCCCUUUGUGUCAUCCUCAAAACUCACAAAAGAGCUGAAUCUUCUAAACCGAAUAUUUUAUGGUCGUAAAACUUUUUACAAUCCAGUUUUCUUGAUAUUCUGAUCCGUUUUAUUUAUUGUUUUGUACAGUGCUUUAAUGCUGGUAUCUCAUUGUAUUUAGAAAGCAGCAAUGUUAAUGCUGUUUCUUUUUUUAAGGGAUUGUUUCUUUAGCUGUAUUCUGGAUUAGUUUGUUUUAAAGAACUAUGAGAUCUAUAUUAUAAUGUCAGAGAUGCUUUAAUAUGAGUGCUUUAUUUUACUUUUUUAUUAUUUUAAUGCAGUAUUGUUCAGUGCUCUUUCCUUAUGAAAUAAAUUCACCCCUGAUAACUGCGAAAAUGUUUUCAUAUUAUAGGGUUGUUUGUGGAGCUAUUCUAGUCUUGUUAACUAA